AUUUCUCCCGCCGCGAUGAAGUCCGGUUCAGGAAUAGAACGGGAGGACCGCAUCCAGGAACCGGUUCACGGGCACAGGCAACGCCAGGACUCUGAUGGGGCCCCGAGCGCUGUGGCAGCCGACGGCGGCGCCGAUGCCUCCUCGCCGUCACCUCUCCCUGCAGCGCCCGUCGACCGACCCCAAGAACGUUUCCAUGAGCAGGCCGGAGGCGGGAGCCGCGGCACCCAUGGAUCGAGUUCCGCUGCGGCGUGGGUCGGGCCCGACGACAUUCCUUUUCUGGCACCUCCCGCUCCAAGAUCCGCGGGAAGCAGCCCAUCCGCCCCCUCCCCCGAUGGCGCCUCGGCAUUUGCAGCCGGGGCGUCAAGCUCCGCGACGGACAGGGGCAAGGGGGUAAAGUGGAGGCAUCCGGUGGUGGUGCCGAAGGAGGCGAGGCGGCCGUUCGACUCCAAGCUAGUGUUCGAACAGUUGGUACGAGAGCAGGCAGCUAUCAACGAGGCACAUAUACAAUGGGCAGAGAGAGAAGAGGAGGAGGAGAAGAAGAAGAAGAAACCGGUGGAACAGGUGAAAUCGUCGCACGCCAAGAAGGCGCUCUGGAGCAAGUUUAAAAACUAUUUCACCCGCAAGAGAAAGAUUGUUGAUAGAGAAGGAAGGAGAAUAUAUUCGGAACAUGUGGGUCACCAGACGAUUCCUAUCACUGAAGUCGGUAAUUAUUAUCGUGUUACUGAAGAUAUGGCUAUUCGUGUGAACCUUGAUGCCUAUUCGAGAUUUAGACUGGUGCAUGGAGAUGGGGAGUGUUUCUACAGGAGCUUCAUAUUUUCCUACCUUGAGCAAGUUCUUGAUAGGCAGGACACAUAUGAGGAACACCGUCUCCUUGAUGCUGUUAAAAGAGUGUCUACGCAACAUACAAAUCUUGGAUGGACCUCUGAGUUUUGCAGGAGCUACAAAGAGAUGCACAACUGCUCAACAGUAGUGGCAUGCCAUCAGAGUUUUACAUACUGUUGGCAUAAACUCGAAUUCGAAGUUUACUGUAAAGUUAACAACCCAAUUCCAAUGAACCUUAAGAGAAAUCUACUUGCAAAGGAACAAUGAGACAAUAUAAUGGGGAAGAAUAGAAUUGUAUCCUUGUUUCGUUUGAACAAAAACGAUGCACACAUGCUACUUAUGGUGUAGCCACCUUAUUGUUCUGUUACCAAACAUUUUCUUCCAUAACUACUAUGCUACAGUAUGUGCUUAAUGACUGAUGCUUUUCAGACGUGUUGUUCUGCGUUAUUUCAUAUCUUGCUAACUCAUUCGAGUAACCUAUGAUAUGUAACUAUUAUCAGAUGUGAACUAUUGGGUCGCUGAUUCUUUCAGGCAUUUAAGAAACUGAUAAAAAAAGUAAUGAGAUGGAAGAGACAAGGCAGGUGGAACAGCAUAGCAUCAACUAACAGGUACCGUAAAGAGAAACUUCUUGAGUUCUUCAGCACCUACGAUACAACGGAAGACAGUGACAAAACGCCCUUGAACUUAUCUUUCCUUCAGUUCAUUAUAAUUCAUGUUUCUGACAAAUUUUAUUCUUUAGUUCUUGUUUUCCUCAGAUUAGUAGUAGCUAUCCAGAUAUGCUCACACGCGUACGAGUAUGAACAGCUUAUUACUGGGCUCAACGAAAAUUACAGACUGAAAGAUUGGUGCUUUCGGCGUGUCACUCCAGCUCGUACGUUUACGGACCAUAUUAUGAUGACAGCCUUGGUCAGAGCGCUUGAGGUACCUCUCAAAUUGGAGCGACUCAAUGGGGGAGGAUCUGCCGAAGAUAAUAUCUACACUGGUCCUGGAGUUGUGAGUGUGACCUUGCUGUACACGGGUAAUCACUACGACAUCAUCUACCCACGCGCUCCUUCUGCUGAGAAUUGAAGUCAACAGGCCUCCCAUAAUGAGAGCUGAUUAGAGUUCAAGUUAACAGAUUCUGCUGUGUUGAAGUUGAGUUUGAGUGCUGCCUUUGAAUGAGAGCGUUGCUGGGUUUGGUGGUAGAGGGUUAGACAUAGACUGAUGUAAUAGGGGUAGGCAUAACAUACACUUGUGCAUUCUUCUUCUCCUAGCCCAAGCUGCUGGCGCCCGAUUGAUUGAUCAGAAGCUGCUCCCUUGUCUGAAAAGUGACAAGGAAGAAAAACUUGUGCUCUAAUAUUUUGUUUGAAUUGUUGGCUGGUACGCAGCGAAUCUUCUGUGAUCACAUUCGAGUUUCUUAAUUGUGCCCAUCUUUAACUGUCUA